AUGAAAUGUUUAAAAAAAGAUGUAAUUUUAGAAGAUGAUGAUACUGAGUGCACUUUUAUCGAAAGAAAAGUACUAAUUCUAUCCGGUGAAUGUCCUUUCUUGUGUAAACUUUUUGCUUGUUUUCAAUCUAAUGAAUACCUCUUUUUUGUAAUGCAAUAUUUAAAUGGUGGUGAUUUAAUGUAUCAUAUACAACAGGUUAAACGAUUCGACGAAAACCGAACCCGUUUCUACACCUGUGAAAUAAUUUGUGCAUUACAAUUUUUACAUACCAAAAACAUAAUCUACAGAGAUUUAAAAUUGGAUAAUAUACUCCUCGAUAAUGAUGGACAUGUCCAUUUAGCAGAUUUUGGAAUGUGCAAAACAGAGGCAAACAGAGAAAAUGGAAUGGCUUCAACUUUUUGUGGAACCCCUGAUUAUAUUGCACCAGAAAUAAUUAAAGGACAACUUUAUAAUCAGGCUGUAGAUUUUUGGAGUUUGGGGUAAGUGGUUUUGUAGGGUGGGGCUCUAAAAUAAAAACAAUAUAUGUAUUACAAUAGAACCUGACUAUAAGAUGCCUCUUUUGGGUAGAAAAACUACCCUAUAAUAAGGGGUAUCUUAAGUUGAGUUGCGCCAAGUAGCCAAACAAUGUUUAAAAAGCGUAUCUUAAAUUGAGAGGUAUCUAGAGUUAAUGAACGUCCAUAUUUAUUAAUGAUGUAUCUCUUAUGGUGAGGUAUCUUAUAAU